AUGGAAAGGUUUGACGGAACAACCGACCCGGAACACCAUCUCAGAAGUUUCCUUGAUUCUAUGGCCUUCUACUCCAGCGACGAUCCAGUCAAAUGCCGAGCGUUUUCCCUAUCCCUGAAGGGCGAGGCUCUCGAGUGGUAUUAUGCUCUCCCUCCUAACUCUAUUGACAACUUCCGCACGUUCGCCACUCUAUUCAAAAGGCAGUAUGCAACCAAUCGUAAAGAAGCAACCACCGCAGCCGAACUUGUCAAUCUCAAACAAGAGAAAGAUGAGUCACUAAGAAAGUUCAUGCGCAGAUACACUGAGGUAGCAAGAAGAGUUAAAGGGGUAAGCCAUGAAUUCAUCAUUACUAAUUUACCCAAUUGCCUGAAGCCAGGUUACGUCUCAGAAUCCCUGUAUGCCAAGUUGCCAAAGACCAUGGAAGAGUUGCAAGAAAAGAUGAACAAGUUCAUUAAAAUGGAGGAUCAACGGCAUUUUCACCGGAAAACGGAUGCCGCCGCAGCAGAGACCAAGCAGGAAGGGGGACGAUCACGGGACAAAAGCCGUAAUCAUAAACCGUCACGAAAAUACACCCCAACCCCUUACAAUCUUCAGUACGAUCGGUAUGCUCCUCUUACGGCCUCAAGGGAAAAGGUGUUUGAAAAAGCCCUACAGGCCAACCUCAUUACCGCUAUCAAACGGGGGACACCGGAUGCUGCAGACGGAGCCAAAGUUUGCAGAUACCAUGGCAACCAGGGGCACACCACAGAAGAUUGCUGA